AUGUCCAAAAAAUUGUCGUCGUCGUCGUCGUCGUCCGGGAUUUGGUUGCUGGAGGAGAAUGUGCUCAGGCGCACACAAGUAAUCGAUCCUUGUCGUCGCAACGUUCGGGCUCUGAAAUCGAUAUCGGUGUGCACUCCUGUCCCGUACGCAGUGUCUGCUUUGAAAAAUGAGAAAAAUGCAUUAGAAAAACGGACGGAACGGGACGGGAAGUCUGGUCCGGCCAGCAUGACGACGGUGGCGUCGUCGUCGUCGUCGUCGUUGUCGUCGUCCGUUGCAGCCCGAUGGACGGAAGCUGCGGGACGAUACCGCAACGAGUACCUCGCAUCGGUGGCCGCCACGCUGUGCAUCUUUAUGGUCGUCUGCACCAACGCCUGGACAUCGCCGGCGCUACCGAAGCUCCUCACCGAACCGAAUCCCCCGAUCUCGAUAACGGCCGACGACGGUUCCUGGAUUAUGGCGAUCCAGGCGCUCGGUGGCAUUCCCGGCAUGCUAAUCGGUGGUCUGACCGUCGAUCGGUACGGACGCAAGUGGCCAUUCAUCGGCAGUGCCGGUCCGGUAAUUGCCGGCUGGAUCCUGAUGGCAACGGCCCGUUCCACCGUCCUGCUCUAUGUGGCCCGCUUCCUCUUUGGUGUGUCGUACGGUGUCGCGUACUCCAUUGCACCCAUCUACCUGGGGGAGAUAGCGUCGGCCGACAUCCGGGGUACGGUCGGUACCUUCAUCACGGCCAUGGCCAAGGUGGCCUUCAUGUUCGAGUACAGCAUCGGACCGUACGUUAGCUUCGAGGCCCUCGCCUGGAUAUCACUGACCGGAGUGGCCCUCUUCCUGGCCACCUUUCCCUGGAUGCCCGAAUCGCCCCAUUUUCUGCUUGCCACGGGACGGUACGCCGAAGCAUUGGCCAGUCUUCGGUGGCUGCGGCGUCGGCCGGACGUGGAGGAUGAGUUGGUGGCGAUAAAAAAGUCCAUCGACCGGAUGGCCGAUGACCGGCGGAUGGCGACCGGUCGGGCGAUCCGGGAUCUGUUUGUACCGGCGUACCGGCACCAUCUGGUGCUGGUGUUGAUACUGGCGUUCGGAAUGCAGCUAACCGGGGCCCAGGCCAUCCUUGGGUACGCGCAGACCAUCUUCGGGAAGAUAUCGACCGAUUUGACGCCCGCCGAAAUGUCCAUCGUUUUGGGCGCGGUCCAGCUGGUGACGGUCCUGUUCCCCAUUCUGCUCGUGGAUCGUCUUGGCCGGCGACCGAUCAUGCUGUGGUCCACGGGUGGUUGUACGGCCGGACUGCUGCUCGGUUCCGUUUACUUCACGCUGGACGCCAUCGAGAACGUCCGGGUCGGUUCGUAUGGGUGGGUUUCCUUCGUCGGGCUGGUGGUGUUUGUUGUGAUGUACGCGUUCGGGCUGGCCACCGUACCGUUUGCGAUUUUGAGUGAAAUUUUCCCACGAAAUAUUCGGGCCAGUGCGAACGCCCUUUACGGUGUGCUGAGUGCGAUCCUCAUCUUCGGUGUGGUGAAGCUGUUUCAGGUGGCCGCCGAUGCUGUCGGGGUGUAUCUACCGUUUUGGGUGUUCACCGGUUGUACCGCGAUAACGUUCGUGCUCGUCUAUCUGUAUCUGCCGGAGACAAAGGGGAAAAGCUUGGAAGAGGUGGACGCCCUUAUCGCGGGGCAGAAGCAAUCGCAAAGCCCAUCAACAAUGAGCAAGGCAAUCAGUCGUUGGUGCAAGCAUCGGAACAUCGUACUCGAUUUCUCCUCGGUUCAACCUCAGUCCAAAGGGGCCAGUGCGACAUCAUAA